AUGGCUGCCAUCCGGAGCAACCUGGGCAUGCGACUGCCCCAAAGCCUGAAAAGAGGCUUCGCCACCACUGCGUGCCGCCUCGAGAUACGAUCUGUCGAUCAACUUCCUGGUCGCAUUACCCCGCGAUACAAUAAUGCUGCGACAUCGUCUCUCCUGGCCUUGGAAUGGCCCGAACCUCCUCGCAACGUGCUGAUAGUACCAAAGCUAUACGCGCCAAAGGUUAUCAAGUCGGCAGUCGAGUUUGUCAAGCAUGUCAAUGCGGAAUACCCAAACAUCAACUUUAUCUUCGAACAUCGCGUUGCCUCAACAAUUCACGACUCGCUGCCUUUUCCGAUUUAUACUUCGGAGCCGACACAUUUUCCGGCCAAGAUCGAUCUCGUGGCGACACUCGGAGGCGACGGCACCAUCUUGAGGGCAGCGAGCCUAUUCAGUCUGCAUACGAGUGUGCCUCCGAUACUCUCAUUCAGUAUGGGAACCCUAGGAUUCUUGGGCGAAUGGAAAUUCGAAGAAUACAAGCGAGCGUGGAGGGAGGUCUACAUGAGCGGAAGCCGUGUCGCGGUUAGCGAUUUGCAAGGACCACACACGCAGGCUGCCAACGGACGUCACGGAUACGACGAAGACACGUUGAAGAAUGGAUGGGCUGGUUUCAAAGGCAGAAGUAUGGGAGCCACCCGGACCAGCAAAAUUCUCCUCCGGCAUCGGCUCAAGGUCGGCGUAUACGAUGCAAACGGCAUCAAUAUCAAUGAGCAUCUGAUGCCCACAUCUACAGCGGCUCUGCAUCAGCCCCUUCCCCCUGUGCCUCCUGCUGUCAAGGAAUUGUCCAAGUCCGGCGCACCAGUCAUCCCCGACUUGCAUGCUAUCAACGAGUUAGUCAUUCACCGCGGUCCCAACCCUCAUCUGGCCAUUGUGGAUGUCUAUGUGGGCAAUCGCUUCUUCACCGAGGCUGUGGCCGACGGUAUCUUGAUCAGUACGCCAACUGGUUCUACCGCAUAUUCGCUUUCAGCUGGAGGAACCAUCAUCCAUCCGUUGACAAAAUCAAUGCUCUUGACACCAAUCUGUGCUCGGACUUUAAGCUUCCGUCACCUGUGCCUUCCCCUGAACAAGAAGGUUGUUCUCAAAGUCAGCAAAAAGAACCGAGGUCGCGAACUGGAAGUCAGCAUUGAUGGAAAACGAAGAGCUGGUGUCACCAUUGGAAUGGAAAUCCGGGUCACUGGUGAGGUCGUCGCCCCCGACGCUACUGGAAAGUGGGCUGGUGGCGUUCCUUGUGUGAUCAGAAGUAGCGGACAAGGUGACGAGGGAGACGACGAUGAUGGCUGGGUAGUUGGACUGAACGAGAGGCUCAAGUUCAACUAUCCUGUUGGAUAA